UAUAUCGUAGUACACAAUAAAAUCCAACAUGUUUGCCUAAUUUCAAAUUCGCAUGUCGUACAUGACAUCCGACUAUUAUUUCUAUCUCUGUACGUGUUCGUAAUUUAAUAAAAAAAAUAUUAUUUAAUUCCAUUACUUGGUCGUUAAAAUUUGCCGGUGUUGUGAUUAAAUUGGUUAGGUUUCCGUUACUACUCACUAUAUUAUUGCAUCGUAAAUCAAACGUGUGCCUUCUUUGGUAGCAAAUUAAUUAAAAUGAUUUUUUAAAAGUGAACUGUUAGUUGUUAUGUAGCUUCUCUGAUUGUGAUUGUGUGUUCAAGGUGGAACUGCAAAAAUUCAAAAAUAUAAUGAAUAGUGGUGCAUGCUUUUAGAUUUCAAUUGUGCAAGUUUCUUAUAAGUUAAAACGAUUCUCUCCAUGGUACAAGAAGUAGUAUUUUCGGCCAAUGGCUGGUUCAGAUUUAUUUUCACGAAAAAUUUUCGUGAUAAUAUUAGCCCUUUUAUGCUCGGCACGAGCUAUGAGUAUGAUCGACAAUCAUAGCUUGGAAGAAAAACAAAUCGAGGAAUAUUACCUAGAUCAUGAAGUAUCAGAAAUGGAAGCUUUCGCAGCAGCAAGAAGUGCUGAUAUAAAUGAAAGUCCAGUUGGUUGCAAGACUUGUACUGUUGAUCAAUUAAUGUACUGUUUCGGUAAUGGAUUACUGAAUGACCAUUGUUGCUGCGAUAAACGCUAUGAAGAAACUUUGCCGUUCAUACCGCAUUCUUGCUAUUUAUCGUCCAAAACAUGCACUUUGCAUGCUGCUAAUUGUGGCGAAUAUCAUCGCAUUAAAAGAUGCUGCUGUGAUUCUCCUUUGAAAAAAAAAUGGAGAAUUCGAUCAUCAGCCAGUCCAAAAGCAGUUUCAAAUAAUUUAUUGAUGACAGCCAUAGCAGCUUUAGUUGUUAAGUUAUAUGUUGCAUGUAUAUAAAUUUAAUAUAUUAUUUUAUGUCCAAGGCAUAAAUUUCGUUAUGUAGAGCAAAUAUUGGUUAGAGUUAUUGUCUUUAUAAAAUAUGCGUGAGAAUUGUUGAAACCAAAUAAUGACAAUGUUA